AUGCAAGAUGAACCAUUUGUUUAUACAAUACAUAGACCAAUUCCUGGUGCAACGAGAUGUUGGCUUCCUUGUCUUGAUCGUUAUCAGGAUAAAUGUACUUGGGAUUUUUUCAUCACCGUAUCAGAUAUUGAAAAUUUCGAUAGAAUGAUGGUAGUUACCAGCGGAAAUUUAUUAGAGAUUAUUGAAUCACCUAAUAAUCACCAUAAUAAGAGAUUGUUUCAUUAUAGGCUGCCUGUGCCAAUUCAAGCUCAACAUAUUGGAUUAGUUUGUGGACCUUUUCGUUCUCCUUACAUUUUACAUUAUCCAGGUGAAGACGAUCUACCAGAAAAUAGACCACUUAUUACUGCUUAUUUCUCUUCAAGAUGGGAAGAAUGGAUUAGACCGACACUUUAUCCUAAUCAGGAGGGUGCUGAUACUUUUUGGAUACAUUGGGCAUUUGAUUAUUUUAUCGAAGGGUAUUCUCACUUUAAGAUCCAUCCCGAGUUUGACAAACGAAACCCAAAAGUUAAACCUGGAAAAUUUCCAUUCAAUUGUUUUCAUAUAGUAUUUGUUGAAAAUGCUUAUAAUGAUAUUACAGUAUGUGCUGGGAUGGUAAUAUGUCGUACAAGUUUAUUAUAUAAUGAGCAUAUAAUAGAACAAGUAUUUGUCACGAGGCGUCUUUUAAUAAAUGCAAUAGCUCAGCAAUGGUUUGGAAUUUUUAUUCCUCCUCAUUCAUGGCGUGACUUUUGGCUUGCAAUCGGUUUAUCAAAUUAUUUUACAACCAUGUAUCUUGAAAAAAUAUUUGGCGAACAAGAAAUUCAAUUAUCACGCAAACUUACACCAAUUGAAACAAGAGAACUGGAGUUUCUAAAUUUAAAAGCUCCACUUGUUCUUUGGAUGCUUAACAAUAUAUUGCCAUUUUUUGAUUAUCAUCGUGGAAUACUUGGAAUUAUUUAUUUGAUAUUGAACCGUGCUAAGGAAACAUCCUACCAUAACUUUAGACCUGGUUAUCUGGAAACCAAAGAAUUUUUCAAUUUGUGUAAAGAUGUUAUUCGCCAAGAACUCCGUGAUGAAAUCAAACAAUUUAAAAAACAAUGGAUAUACGGGUCUGGUUGUCCUAUUUUUAAAAUCAAUGCUAAUUUCAACAGGAAAAAGAUGACGGUUGAAUUUAAAUUUGUACAACAAAAUUCGAAUUUAGUUCAUUCUGAUUUGGAAAAGAAAAAAUCAAAUGAUAAAAAAUUAACAACUACACAUGCCGAUGAUCACAAAAAGCAUACUUCCUUAUUCACUGGACAGAUGGAUAUUGCUAUUAAUGAACCCGAUGGUGUAGAAUAUAUUCAUACUAUCUAUAUUCGAGAGAAGACUGAAACAUUUUCACUUCCAUAUCAUACCAAAUAUAAACGGUCCAAGAUAACUCUUAAACCUAGAUUUGUAAGGAAAAGAGGAACAUUUGAUUCCUAUGUUCCGCUCGAAUUAAUAGAAGAACAAUCUAGAAUUUAUCCUGUUCUUUGGGGAAUGGAUCCAGAAUUUAAUGAAAGAGAUGAAUGGAAAAUUAUUGAAUGGGCUGAUCCGUCUCGUCAACAGAGCACUAGGGCUGAGUGA